ACCGGUCAGACAGCAAACACCCUUCAUCCAAUAUUAACCCAAUACGCACAACCGUCGCCGGCAGCUCAUUCCCUCAAGCCGGAGGUGCUUUUCGUCUCUGAAGAAACGCUCUUUGGAAUCGCCUGGGGUGGGCGUGGCUACAAUGAUGGAAGACUUUCAAUCGGAAACAGAUAGUGACUAUACCAGUUACUGGCGGGACUGGUUCAUAUCAUCCCGAGGCAACGAAUACUUCUGCGAGAUCGACGAGGAAUACAUUACCGACCGAUUCAACCUGACAGGUCUCAACACAGAAGUGCACUACUAUCAACAUGCACUGGACCUAAUCACGGACGUGUUCGACCUAGAUUGCGACGACGACAUGCGCGAAACAAUUGAGAAGUCUGCCCGCCACCUCUACGGCCUCGUGCACGCACGAUAUAUUGUGACGACCCGGGGAUUGGCCAAGAUGGUCGACAAGUUCAAGCGGUCGGAUUUCGGUCGAUGUCCCCGCGUUCUCUGUGACAGUCACCCUCUGUUGCCGUUCGGACCCAGCGACAACCCGGGCCAGAAGAGCGUGAAACUCUUCUGCGCCAAGUGCGAGGACAUAUACAAUCCCAAAUCUAGUCGUCAUGCCGCUAUCGACGGUGCUUAUUUCGGUAGCUCGUUCCACAAUAUUUUGUUCCAGGUCUAUCCGGCCCUUGUGCCGCCGAAGUCGCGUCGUCGCUACGAGCCCAAGAUUUUCGGGUUCCGGGUUCAUGCUGCCGCCGCCCUGGCGAGGUGGCAGGACGAGGAGAGACGGCAAAUGCGGCAACGUCUAAAGGAUGCUGGUGUCAUUGCCGAGGGUGCCCAGUUGUUCAUCGAAGACGCCGACAGCAGUGAUGGUCAGGGCCAUGAGGAUGAUGAUGACGACGAGCUCGAGGACAAUGGUGACCGGAAGAUGAACCUGGCCGCCGAGCAGGAUGAAGGUGUGGAAUUGCAGCAGCGGUCGUAACAGACAUCACAAAUACGAGUUUGCCGGGGAACAUUCUGGCGAAUGAUUCACGAAAAUGGAGCAGUUGGAUGGGCGUCAGUGACUCUUUCCGGAAUACUUUGGCGUUUGUAACCCCCAGAGAGUGGCGUUAUGGGGUUUUGGGUUGGAGAACCAUUCAGCACUUGUUGUUCUACUUCUACUGCGGGCAAUUCACUGGCAGAAAGCAGAGCUUUGAGGAAAUCAGCUGAGAGCAAGAUGGUGUCCCCAAUGCAAAAUGACAUUGGUUUGUGCAUAUGCCACGAAUUGAAACCCGUCAUCAUUUCAUAUCCGCUUGGCUCAUUCCGGCGGACCUCUAAUCUCUUCUUCUCCUC